AAGGGGCAGAGCGUCGGCCCCCGAGCGGUCGCGAGAGAUCUGGCUACCGGAGGCCUGCGACGCGGGCUCGGGGAGGGUUACUGCGUGCUUAUGAUCGCAGGUUUUUAAAGUCAGUGCUUGCAAGAACAAGCGAAACCUGGGGAAGAUUCUGUGAGACCCGGCCGGAAGUCGUGGUAUCCAUAGACACGCUAUCGGAAAUUGGGGUUGCUAGGAGGCCUGGGCGCGUCGGCUAGUCUGCGUCACGGCUGAAGUCCCAGAAGAUUACGAUUCCGGCCCCGGUGAAGAUGAAGACCUGCAGCCUGAGAGACCAAAAAUUCAGUCUCUUAAUGUGACUGAAGAUGUCGAUCCAGGCAGCAUGGCAGCGGCAGGCCCGGAGCUGCCUGUAGAGACUGACCAAGAGCCACAACCAGAGACGGAAGAAGAGGGCUUCAAAGAGGAGACACCGGCGAGUGCUAAGAAUAUACACCUACGCCUGAAACCCACCUGGACGUCCGAGGAAGAGGCUCCCCACAAGUCCAAGACAGACCUUUCUAGCGAGAUUGAGCUAGGGAUUCCCAAAGAGAUAAAGUCGAAGACAUCCAGACAGAUAGAAGUAGAGCUUUUCAAGGAUUUGGAGGUCCCUGUGGACGAAAAGCUUGGGGAGCCAGAGGAGGAAGCCAAACCAGAUGUCGCAGAGGAUAUACUCAAAGAGGCAGCUAAGGAAACAGAUCUAGAGCUACGAAAGGAAACCGAGUCUGAGGUUCCAGGGGCCACAAUCAGUGAGACAAAAUUAGAGUUACUAGAGGGGACCAAACCAGAGGUUUGGGAGGAGUCAGUUAGAGAGCAACAUGGAAAGACGGGCCUGGAACCUACAGAACAGACCAAACCGGAAUUUCCAAGUGAGAAACCAAGAAGAUCAGUUGAAGAGGCAGAUCUGCAGCCACCAAAGAUGACCACACCAGAGAUUCCAGAGGAGACACAAAGUAAGUCACCUGAGGAGAAAAGGACAGAGCCACCUGAGCAGGCCAUACCAGAGUUUCCAGAAGAGAAACCAAGUAUGUCUACUGAGGAAACACAAAGGAAGUCAACUGAAGAGAAAAUUCCAGAGCCACUAGAAGAGAUCGAAUCAGAGUUUUCUGAGGAAAAAUCAAGAAAACCAAUUGAGGAAACAGUUCUAGAGCCAUCAGGAAAGACCAAACCAGAAGUUCAAGAGGAGACACAAAGAAAGCCAACUGCAGAGAAAGUUCUAGAGCCACCAGAGGACACCAAACCCCCAGAUCAAAAAGAUAAGCAGAAAAAAUCAACUGAGGAGACAGGUCUAGCACCAUCACAGAAGUCCAGAUCAGAGGAGACACUAAGAGAGUCAACUGAGGAGAAGGUUGCAGAGCCACCAGAACAGACUAAACCAGAGUUUCCAAAGAAAGAACCUAGAAAGUCAACUGAAGAAACAGGUCAGGUGCCACCACAGAAGAUCAUACCCGAGGUGCAAGAGAAGACACAAACAGAGCCAACUAAGAAGAUAGAUUCAGAGUUACCAUAUAAAGCCAAACCACUACUUAGAAGAGGGACACAUGUAGAAUUUGCCAAGGAAGAUAGGCCAGAACCAAUCAGACUUAAGCAUUCUGUAGACAGGGAUGAGCCAGAGUACUCUGACUAUCAAACAAGAAAGUUGUUAGUAAAAGAAACGAAAGGCAUUUCAAAAGACUCUGUGUUAGAGUCUCUUCCAAUAAGUGAAGUAGACUCAGUGAAUACAGAUUAUGAGUUUUCUAAAGAACUCCAAAAUCUGUUUCAGCUUUCUGAUACCAAUUAUGAAUUCUACUCAUAUUUCUCUGAGUCUCAGAGGGAUUUAGAAGAGUCCUCUAAUGAAAAGAAAGAUCUGUCCCCAGAGUCAAUGACACUGGUACCUAAAGAUAAAGAAACACAGCCAAAAAAAAGUACUGACCUACAAUUUGAGUAUCUUGAAUGGAGCCCAGAGAAAGUUGCAGAGUGGAUUUGCCAGCUAGGCUUCCCUCAGUAUAAGGAGUGUUUUACCACAAACUUCAUCAGUGGCCGAAAACUCAUCCACAUAAACUGCUCAAACCUCCCUCAGAUGGGUAUAACAGAUUUCGAGGACAUGAAGGUAAUUUCUCAGCAUACCCGGGAGCUACUGGGAAUUGAAGAGCCAUUAUUCACACGCUCCAUCAGCCUUCCCUACAGGGACAAUAUUGGCUUAUUUUUAGAGCAAAAAUGUCAUAGUGGAGUUAAAUCUGAUUCCUUGACCUUGUCUGAAUUUGUGCAAGCAGUGGGAUUACAGGAUUAUGCUCCAGAAAUAACCAGCCCUGAAGAGGAUGCAGCAUUAUAUUCCAUUGAACCAUAGGGCAAGCCGUUUCACUUAGCUUGAAAAUCAAAUUAUGUGGGGGAAGAAGUGUGGUAUUUCUGCAUUUUCUUUUUCUCUUCAUUCAGGAUCAGAGUUAGAACUACUGGCUCCAUUCCUAGUUCUGCCACCGACUCACAGCACCUUCCCUUUAUGUGUGUGUCAAUUUAGUCCCUUGUUAAAACAAAGAUAGCAAUAUUUCUCUUCCUGGGUAAUUGUAAGAAUUCCUGAUAAAUUCUCGUACUUCAUCUGGUAGUAGGAACAUGUUGGAGAAACAGACUAAAAGUAAAAUCACCUGCCAACCCAGAUAAUCCUCUUCAUGAGUGCAGACAAGGAAACAGUUUUAUUAUUGAAUCAGCAUAAAAUCACUGUGACGCACAUUAUAGGCAGGCCACUAAAGAGAUUGCCAAGACAAGGAAAUCUCACCCUUCUAUAUAGCCAGGCAGAUAUAAUCCAUUAUUUACAUGUUAACUGUCUGUAUCCAAAGGAAAAAUAAAAGUUCUCAUAUCUUUGUGACAAACAGGAAGUUACUACCUGGAGCCAAGCACUUAGGCUAAACCUCCAGAGUCAGGGAGACAAAGUGCCAUCCUUCUAAAUGCUCACAUUUCAAAGAGGUGGCCCCAAGGGCCCCCUCCCCCAAAAGACAGUCCUGGGAUGUAAAACUGGCAGAAAGUUUAUUCACCUUUUUAGAAGAUUAGCAUACAUCUCAAAAACAGAGAAAAAGGAUUUAUAUUACAAGUUUUUAGAAGGAAAUGUGUUAUGCUGUUGUUGGGAAUGUAAAUUGAUACAGCCACUAUGGAGAAUAGUAUGGAGGUUCCUUAAAAAACUACAAAUAGGGCUUCCCUGGUGGCGCAGUGAUUGAGAGUCCGCCUGCCGAUGCAGGGGACACGGGUUCGUGCCCUGGUCCGGGAGGAUCCCACAUGCUGCGGAGCGGCUGGGCCCGGGAGCCAUGGCCGCUGGGCCUGCGCGUCCGGAGCCUGUGCUCCGCAACGGGAGAGGCCACAGCAGUGAGAGGCCCGCGUACCGCAAAAACAAAUAAACAAACAAAAAACUACAAACAGAACUACCGUACAACCCAGCAAUUCCACUACUGGGCAUAUACCCUGAGAAAACCAUAAUUCAAAAAGAGUUAUGUACCGAAAUGUUCAUUGCAGCUCUAUUUACAAUAGCCAGGACAUGGAAGCAACCUAAGUGUCCAUCAACAGAUGAAAGGAUAAAGAAGAUGUGGCACAUAUAUACAAUGGAAUAUUACUCAGCCAUAAAAAGAAGCGACAUUGAGUUAUUUGUAGUGAGGUGGAUGGACCUGGAGUCUGUCAUACAGAGUGAAGUAAGUCAGAAAGAGAAAAACAAAUACUGUAUGCUAAC